AUGUGCUCAGUCUCUCAGUCUGUUGCUUUUGGUCUCCAUUGCCUUGCAGAAAGCCUGUGGAUUGUGGUGCGGAGUUAUUCCUCAGCCAGGGUGAAGAAAGAAGCCAGGAGCAGAUGGGCUUGUGAGAAGGCUGAACUCUUGGAGGUGCUGGAGGCCAGAGUGAAACAGCUGCAGGCUGAUGAUGCCUGUGAGGUGGUGGCCCCCAAGGUGCCGGGAGCCCCAUCGAGGAAAAGCGACUUUGCUCAGACUGUACCGCGGAAAGGGGCUGGACCGGUUCGGAAAGAUCCCUCUCCGAAGCACGAGGACAGGAGCGCUUCCCAUCCCAGCCGCUGGAUGGAGAAGCUGAACAAAGAGAAAUCCGUCAAACACAAGCGGCUCUUGAGGCUCGAGGCCAAGCUCUCGGCUGCCGGUCCCAAGACGAAACCAGCCACGAAAGAGGGCAAAGCUGUCCAAGGGGAGGAGACGUUGUUCACUGACAGAAGGCCUGGCAGCCCUCCAACGUUUCAAGGCCCCAAGCAACCCGGAAGCUACCAAGAAGAUCCCGGAGUGAUGCCCCUCGGCACAGAUCCUUCAGUGGGCAGUUGCGGGACCUCUGAAGGGCUGGAGGAGCAGGUUCAGCUCUGGGAGGGUGUUGAGGAGAGGCUGCUCCUGGAAGAGGAAGAAGGAAGCCAGCAUGGAAAUGUCCAGCUCAGUCUCUUGGCCUACCUGGACUGCUGCCUCUCUCUCGGCCAGACUGAGAGAGCUCAGCAGUGCCUGAUGUUCUAUCACCGCUCCCACGCCAGAAGGAAGCUGCUGGACAUACGGAUGUACAAUCGGCUCAUGUGUGGCUAUGCCAAGAAGGGCUCCUUGAACCAAGUUGGGCAGCUAUUCCAUCAGCUGGGGGAGGCUGGGCUGAAGCCCAACCCAGAGUCUUACGUUGCUGCACUGGAGUGCAUGGGCCGGUCCAGCGUCAGCCCAGAGGUCAUUGCCAGAUGCCUCCAGCAGCUCAAGAAAGAUGGCAUCCAACUGGAGGAACUCUGGAGAGACGCCCAGCAUGAGGAAGACAAGUUGAAGAUGGCCCUGAAGGCCAUCUGGAAGGUCAAGCCGGACUUCCAGCCUCCGCAGCUUGUCCGCCAAGUGAAGACCUCUGCAGUGCCCCUCUUCUGUGACUUCUACCAAAAGGAGAAGCCCGUUCCAUACCCGAAGCUGGAUUUCACAGUGCAAGAGCUGCGCCAACGAUUUCAGGAGCAGCUGCAGAUGGAGGUGUCCAACACGGUCACCAUCGACUCGGUGGAGGCGGAGAAGCCCCUGACGGAGCGAACAGUCAAAGCACGAGAGCUGCUGGCUGUGCUCCGUUCCCGGUGGCGGGCAGCCCUCCUCAAGAGCUUUCAGGAAUCCAAGCUCCACCUGGGCCAGAGGACGUCAGGGCAGCUGAACUUGUAUCCUUUCCUGUGCGUGUUGAAGAACGAGGAGUAUGUGGACAUCUUGAUGCGGAGCAUCUCCAGUCUCCCUCCUCAGGGGGAAUCCCUCUUGGUGCUGGCCAGGGAAUUGGGCACCAAAGUCUACAACAAGUACCUCAUCCAGAAGAAGGCCUGGAGCCGCUUGGUGAAGAAGAUUCAGAAACUCUAUGACAGUUAUGUCCAGCUGUUGGCAAAGGACACUCUGCCCAAUCACUACCUGCCGCGGGAAUACUGGGAGCAGCUGGAGGUGGAGGCCAACUUCAGCCCAUCCCUCGUCACCCAGGAGUGUGUCUGGCCCCACUCCCUUCUGGUGCAGCUGGGCCUCCACCUGGUCGAGCUUCUAGUGCAGGUCCUCAAGAUGGAGAGCAACCUCCUCACUCUGGGCCUGGAGCCGAAACUCAUCCCUGUCCUGUACCACGUCUAUUCUUUCCGCAGCGGCCGCCAGAUCGGGUUCAUCAGACCCCACCCCAUCCUGACCCGGCUUCUCUCUGAGGCUGCCGAAACCACCCUCAGCUUUGACUCCUUUGUCAUCCCCAUGCUGUGCCCGCCGGUGCCGUGGCUCUCUCCUUCCUUUGGUGCUUACAUCCUCAGCCCCACCAAGCUCAUGCGCUGCAUUGAUGGGGCGGUGCAGCACCAGCUUCUUCUGGAGAGGUGCCCCCGUGGGAAUCUCUUUUCAGUCAUGGACGCGCUCAAUCAGCUGGGCAACUGCCCGUGGAAGAUCAACCGGGCCAUCUUGGACGUUGUGGUCUCCAUUUUUAAUGACAAAGGGAAUGAGAAGCUGGAUGUCCCACCCCCGCCUUCUGAAGCCCCCCAGCCCACCAAGUUUGCCCUCGGAGGCACCCCCUUGACCAAGUCCGCUUUGAAGCGGGAGAUGGCCCAGUGCCGCAAGAAAGCCAACGAGAUGUUCAGCCUGCGCAUGGACACCCUCUACAAGCUCUCCAUUGCCAAGCACAUGGGCGACCGGGCCUUCUGGUUCCCCCACAACAUGGACUUCCGUGGGAGGACUUACCCGUGCCCGCCUCACUUCAACCACCUGGGCGGUGACCUCACUCGGGCCCUCCUCCUUUUUGCGGAGGGGAAGCCCCUGGGCCCGCGGGGGCUGGACUGGCUGAAGAUCCACCUCAUCAACCUCACUGGAUUGAAGAAGAAGAACUCUCUGCAAGACAGGCUAGCCUACGCCAACGAGAUCAUGGAGGACAUCUUGGAUUCAGCAGACUACCCACUGACGGGCAGGAAGUGGUGGAUGGCUGCAGAUGAGCCAUGGCAGACGCUGGCUUGUUGCAUGGAGAUCGCCAGGGCCACAAGAGCCCCGGACCCCGCUGCUUACGUCUCCCAGUUUCCCGUCCAUCAGGACGGCUCUUGCAAUGGGCUCCAGCACUAUGCGGCCCUCGGGCGGGACAUCAUUGGGGCUGCCUCUGUCAACCUCAUGCCGUGCGAUGAGCCCCAAGACGUUUACAGUAGCGUGGCUCAGCAGGUGAGGCGGGGGGGGGGCCGAGGUUUUGAGGAGUUUGACGCAGCUGCUUCUGUCUCUCCUAGGCGGGGGCUGACCUUUGUUUCGGUCCAUGACUGCUACUGGACUCAUGCACUCACGGUAGACAUCAUGAAUCAGGUCUGCCGAGAGCAGUUUGUGGCACUCCACAGCCAGCCCAUCUUGCAGAACCUGUCCAGGUUCAUGCUGCGGAAAUACUGUGCCCAUUUGCCGGCUGAGUGGAAGAAGACCAAGGCUCUGGAGUAUCAGCGGCUGGUGCAGUUGCUGUCCAAAGUUCCCAAGCAAGGUGACUUUGACCUGCAGAAGGUGAAAGAAUCCACCUACUUCUUCAGCUGACCUCUGCUGCUGC